AAGCACAAAGAGGUUAUGCAAACAAGAAAGCUUUGGGAAAAAGAAAGCUGCACCCACAAAUCAGCACCCAGAAGCCACUAGCUCAAGCCUGGUCACUGCUUCUCCACUAGCUCCAGGUGGGACUAUGGAGACCUGGCAGGAAGUUUUUGCAGUGAAGAUUGCAGCCAUGCACUUAACAGAGCCGUGGACACUUCAGGAGGAUGAUACCUUGCAGGGUGACAACCUCAAGCCUGGCUGGAAGAAGUUUGUGCAGCGCCGUGCUCUUGGAAGGUUUCAGUGCUCCCAGUGCUCUCAUGAGUGGUCUUCAGCCAAAGUGCACAUCCUGUUCCACAUGCGCCACUACAAGGGCUGGGGCAUGGUGCAGAUGCGAGUCUUUCGCCAGGCAUGCAGGCGAUGCCCCAACCCCCCACUGGAGGAGCCCAAAUUCAGCCAGGAAACCAUGGAGAGGGUCCUGCACAACCUGGUGCUAAAGAUCCUCAAGUACUGCUACCGUGUGUCUAUCCAACCCUCUGACCUCCUGGAAGUCGUGGUGGACGUGCCAGUGGUGGGGCCACAUGACAGCACCCACUGUGAGGGCUGCCAGCUUGGCAUUUGUAGUGAGUUGAGGCGGGCCCCAGCAUCGGAUGCCUACAAGCCUGUGGUGGAUGUGGACAAGGUCAGGACCAGUGACACCCAUCACACUCACCAAACUCAUCACAAGAGGUCCGCAUCAUAUGCAUGGGAACCUGUGAUGGAUGUGGACAAGGUCAGGACCAAUUACACCCAUCACAUUCAUCAAACUCAUCACACGAGGCCCGCUGAGACCCCAACCUACCACCCAUUGCCCAUCAAUAGCAACUUCCCCUGGAAACGCUGCUGCUGCACGGUCAGCUCUUUGCUCUGUAUUUUGGCAGUGCUCCUCUUCAUCCUAUUUUAUUUCACCAAGUAGCAGUGAGACCUGGGGCUCACAACGAGGAACGGGGUGAUGGAAAACUGAGUGAUCGGUGUCAGCCCUCACUCAUGACACAGCGAGGCUUCCCUGGUGUGGGAGGACAGAGACACAUUGAGGUGCCUCAGCCAGGCACCUCAACCCACAGCCUUGGAGAGCCCAGUGGAUCUGAUGGUUUCUUACAGGAAAUAUUCUACAUGAGAACAACCCUCAGGUGCUCCAUGUGCUUGCAAGAAUAAAAACAGCUGGUUUACCUUAGCCU